UCGGCUGCCUUCGAUACUGUGAACCAUCAGAUCCUCCUCUCCACCCUCUCCGAGUUGGGCAUCUCCGGCGUGGCCCACGCUUGGAUUGCGUCCUACCUGACAGGUCGCUCCUACCAGGUGGCGAAUCGCAUCUCUGCAUGUCUGGCAGACAUAUCAGUGUGGAUGACGGAUCACCAUCUCAAGCUGAACUUCGGCAAGACGGAGCUGCUCUUCCUCCCGGGGAAGGACUGCCCGUUCCAUGAUCUCGCCAUCACGGUUGACAACUCCAUUGUGUCCUCCUCCCAGAGCGCUAAGAACCUUGGCGUGAUCCUGGACAACACCCUGUCGUUCUCAACUAACAUCAAGGCGGUGGCCCGUUCCUGUAGGUUCAUGCUCUACAACAUCCGCAGAGUACGACCCUGCCUCACACAGGAAGCGGCGCAGGUCCUAAUCCAGGCACUUGUCAUCUCCCGUCUGGAUUACUGCAACUCGCUGUUGGCUGGGCUCCCUGCCUGUGCCAUUAAACCCCUUCAACUCAUCCAGAACGCCGCAGCCCGUCUAGUGUUCAACCUUCCCAAGUUCUCUCACGUCACCCCGCUCCUCCGCUCUCUCCACUGGCUUCCAGUUGAAGCUCGCAUCCGCUACAAGACCAUGGUGCUUGCCUACGGAGCUGUGAGGGGAACGGCACCUCAGUACCUCCAGGCUCUGAUCAGGCCCUACACCCAAAUAAGGGCACUGCGUUCAUCCACCUCUGGCCUGCUCGCCUCCCUACCACUGAGGAAGUACAGUUCCCGCUCAGCCCAGUCAAAACUGUUCGCUGCUCUGGCUCCCCAAUGGUGGAACAAACUCCCUCACGACGCCAGGACAGCGGAGUCAAUCACCACCUUCCGGAGACACCUGAAACCCCACCUCUUUAAGGAAUACCUAGGAUAG